GUUUUGGAGAUUUCGCUUUGGCCCUUUCAGAGCGAUCUUUUUUAACCGUAAUAUCUUAUUUUUAAUAACCUGGAAAGAUUUCCGUCCAGUAUUAGCUUAAUUUUGAAACAUAUUUCUUUCGAGAUGUGCACGGAAGCCUCGACCAUUAGUGGUUACGGGGGGACAUCUGAUCGCGACGAAACAGAUUUCUUAUUAUCUGCCUCUCUUUUCCAAAAGUCCGCCGCUCAGCUUUUCUCCGACGACAAAAACAACCCUGUUGGAGCUUAUUUUUCCUCGCUCUGGGUUCAGGAAUUUCCAAGUAGCAAUGCAAGUAUGUCUUGCUGUACCGGCUACCAUUUGGCCUGGAUAAUUGUGUUUCGUUUCAAUUUGCUCUGGAAGUUGCACAAGGAUGUCAGUCUCAACUAUUGGAUGAAGAGGGUCGAACAGAUUUACUGCCCAUUUUGUGGUACAUCACGGGAUGCUCAGAAUACACGCGUUCGCAUAAAAAGUCGUAAAAGGCAGACGAAGGCGCUUGCACGAUCCUUAGGCCGUAAAGUCUCAAAGUCCAUAAAACGAAAUUCUAAUGUUGCGACCACAACGAGUACUGCGAUAGAUGAAAAACACAUUGGACGAUUCGCCAAAUCAAAAAAUAGACUGACUCUUUAUUGCAAUUCCUGCCAUCGAAGUUGCACGCAACCUGGAUUGCCGCGGGACGUCCAGAAAAACAUUCUGUCUCCUUCUUCGCGAACGUCGUCGGUGUACAGCGAUAACACUGCUCAGCCUGCUUUGUCGGCGUUCUUAUCCAGGAUAGCUUCCGCUUCCUCCCUGCAUGCGAAGACCUCCUCGCCGAAAAUUGUUUCUUAUUCAGCGCCGUGUUCGCCGAGCCCGUCAGCCUCCAGUAAGAAGAGACGGAAGAAAGAUGCAAACGCUGGUCUCAUCGUUCCACCUUCCCUUCUCAAGAAAACCUUGCCAGUCUCUCAAAAUAAAAGCAACGAUUUUGGUGGAAAUUUGCUGGAAAGAUUUCUGUGUUAAAGUUUAUGUGCCUGUGCAGUUGCUUCGUCAGUCGGUAGUCCUCGUUGGCUAGGGGUGUUUUUUAAAAUCAGCAUCUGUCUUCUCAACUGGAUAUCAAAACUCG